AUGGCAAAUGUGCUCAAAAAGCCUUUCAAACUUGCCCUCAUCCAGCUUGCGACAGGCCCUGACAAGACAGCCAACCUCGCUCACGCCCGCUCACGAGUCCUCGAAGCUCAUAAAGCUGGUGCAAAUUUCAUCGUACUUCCUGAGUGCUUCAACUCCCCCUAUGGCACACAAUACUUCCCUAAAUACGCUGAAACGCUACUCCCCUCCCCACCCACCGCCGAACAAUCCCCCACAUUCCACGCGCUCUCCGCCCUCGCCUUGGAAACAUCCACAUAUCUCCUCGGGGGAAGCAUACCAGAAUCAGUUCCUUCGACGAAUAAAUACCAUAACACCUCCCUACUCUUCUCGCCGGACGGCAACCUUCUAGCUACGCACCGGAAGGUGCACCUCUUCGACAUUGACAUCCCAGGGAAAAUCACAUUCAAAGAGUCGGAGGUGCUGAGUCCUGGAAACAAGCUCACACUUGUCAACAUACCACCGUAUGGCUUGGUUUCGCUCGCUAUAUGCUACGACAUUCGCUUUCCCGAGCUCGCUACCGUUGCUGCCCGGCGAGGUGCCUUCCUCCUCCUUUAUCCAGGUGCAUUCAACUUGACAACUGGGGCUUUGCAUUGGAGCCUACAGGCUAGAGCAAGAGCGAUGGACAAUCAGGUCUAUGUAGCCUCCUGUAGUCCAGCAAGGGAUAUGGAGGCUAGCUACAAUGCGUGGGGUCAUAGUAUGGUCGUCGAUCCAAACGCGGAGGUAUUGGAGGAGGCAGGGGAGGAAGAGAAUAUUGUAUAUGCGGAGUUGAGACCGGAGAGGCUUGAGGAGGUGAGGAAGGGAAUACCGUUGGAGGGACAGAGGAGGUUUGACAUCUAUCCCGACGUUAGUAGGGCCGAUAUUAAGUUAGAUGAGUAA